CAGAACAAUAAAGGUGGAGGUCAGGAAGCUGGAAUUUCCAGUUUUGCACAAUAACACAAAGCAUAAAAGGCGAGGGAAUUCUCAGCAGAAACCAGAGACACACGAGAGCAGAAAUGGAGAAGAUUGCUGUCCUGGUUCUGGUGUUGGGCUGCUGCUUCUGUGCUGCUGACAGCAAUGAAAAAGGAGGUCAAAACUCCGGAUCCACAAGCUCUUGUGACAUGUGUUCCCUCACAACUAUUGCUCUAAAUGUCGGCGCUCUGGGGGAGAAAGUUGCAAACAUGGCAGACAAGAUAACGUUUUUGGAGACCAAGCUCCAAAACACCGACAGAGAAGUGCUGGAGCUGCGGAGCCUCAUUGGAGGAACUCCACAAGUGGCUUUCUCAGCAGCUCUCAGAGAUUCUGGCUCUGGGGAUAUUGGACCUUUUACCACUGCUACUCCACUGAAGUAUAAAAAGAUUUUCUCCAACUAUGGUGACUGCUACAAUCCUUCCACAGGCAUCUUCACUGCUACGGUCAGCGGGGUGUACUUCUUCCGAUUCUCCAUGUUUAAUAACCUCAGUCCCACUCCCAACUCUGUUGUGGUUCUAAAAAAGAACGGUGAGAGUUUGACGUCUGUCUGGGACACCAGUGGAACAGACAUCAACGACAUGGGAAGCAACGCUGCAGUCAUCCCACUGAAGGUUGGAGACAACGUCUAUGUGGAACUGCAAGCAAACAGACUCGUCUUUGAUGAUGCGGGAAACUACAACACCUUCAGUGGAUUUCUGCUCUUCACUAUGUAAUUGCAAUUUUAUACUUUGUAUUCAUAAUAUAAUGAUUAUACCAUGUUAACCUUAUGGUGUCAGUUUGAAAAUAAUUUUUUUUAAAAUGAUCCUUCAUGGAUUUUGGUUGUAAUUUCAGAGCCCUUCAUGAUUUUCAGGGAGUCAAAUACACACGUUGUGUGACUGAACUAUGACACUACGUUACCUGUUUAUUGUAAUAAUAAAAUCGGUCCAACACAAGA